AUGGGUUCUCUUGAAAACGAAGAUAGGAGAAACUUCACCAUAGCAAGCUUCCAAGACCAGAAUUCAUCUAAUUUCUUUCCUAAAUGCGAUGUCAAUGUAAAGCAAGGUAGCUUUCAAGCCAUAGAUUCGAAGGCAAGGGCUGGAAUUCUUACGAAUAUCGCAGCAAACAGUAGGUCAAAUCUCGUUUUAAGUGAGCGUAUAGGUGAGCGUCUAGUACCCGAUUUGAUGGGCAAGGAUUUGGCUGGAAAGACAUUGCUUUGGCCAGGUCAAUUAUAUAAAGACAGCACUAUGAAUGACAGAAAAUUUGCGGCAGAUCUUGAUGGUAGUAUGAGUUCUUUAAGGUUAUCCCCCCCUCCUCAAAAAUCAAUGCAACAACCUAUGAUAAUGCACCAGAGGGAUGCUGGAGCUCGCAAUUCAAUAUGGAACGACUCUAAUCGCAACUGCGAGCUUUUUUCGUUUGAGGCUGCAAAUGAUUCUGUUUCAUUUUCUCCAUUCAAUGAGAAGGAAUUGGAUACCAGCUUUAAAGUCAGUCUGUCAAUGAUAAGUGGUACGCUGUCACACAGGAUCUCUUCUCUUUUACGUGGUCAAAGUAGAGCUACCUCGAAAGAAAAUAAUACAGAAAAGCUUUAUCCUAUUAUAGAGCCAGACCUUCAAACUGCACUGCUGGUUGGUGUCGGAAAGUCUGAGUCAAUGAGGAAAGAAAAGGCAGCUUUGAGAUUACCCCGAAUAAAAAGCAUUGAAGUUGAUUCAACUAAUUUCACAACUACCAUCCAUCCUACAUGCAAAAAAUAUGAUGAACAUCAUUGUUCAAGUUACUGUAAGCGGAAUUCUCAUGGAUGUAUGUUCGUAAAAGAAGCUACUAACUCUCUUAAGAUUAAUUCGACUGACUUGUCAAAAUCCUGGAUCGAGCUAAAAGUCAAUCUACAGUCAACUUUUACAGAACUGGCGAUAAGAAUCAUAAAGGUCGAUGUAAACGAAUUCCUGUUGUGGAAGACAAAUUCAGCAUGUUCUAAAAUGGAACCAAAGCACUAUAAGAGAUACGCUUUCGGCAGCCUGUCAAAAAAGAUUUCAAAAGAUGCUAAUAGAAGACUCUGUAACUCCCACUAG